UUACUACUGUAAUAUUCUCUCUCUUAAUAAAAUAACAGUACCUGAGAAAGAAUCCAGCUGUUUCCAUGAAAAUCUUCAAUUAAAAUUCUCCUUACUUUCUUCUCAAAAGAAAAAAACUUAGCAAUCUGCUUUCGGAGCUCCAGCGGUUUUUCUUGGGGCGGACGUGAUGUUGUCGCAACAGCAGCUGCUGAUGGCUAGGGUUCCGCCAUAUGAUGGCGGCAACGUUACCGUCGGUGAUCAAAGGAUAGAUUCGUCUUUUCCAUUUCAGUCUGAUCACUCCCCAUUAUCUUCAACUAAUAUCAAAUCUGAAGCCGAUGAGGACACUCUUUUAAAUCUUGCUCAUCAGAACUACAAAGCUGGGAACUAUAAACAGGCACUAGAGCAUAGCAAGGCAGUUUAUGAGAGAAAUCCAGGGCGCACUGAUAAUCUUCUUCUUUUUGGGGCUAUAUAUUAUCAGUUGCAUGAUUUUGAUAUGUGCAUCGCAAAAAAUGAAGAAGCCCUAAGGAUCGAUCCACAUUUUGCUGAGUGCUAUGGAAAUAUGGCGAAUGCUUGGAAGGAAAAAGGCAAUAUUGAUGUUGCAAUACGCUAUUAUUUAAUUGCAAUUGAGCUCCGUCCCAAUUUUGCGGAUGCAUGGUCAAAUUUAGCAAGUGCAUACAUGAGGAAAGGAAGGCUGAAUGAGGCAGCACAGUGUUGUCGUCAGGCUCUAGCAUUAAAUCCACGUUUGGUUGAUGCUCACAGCAAUCUCGGCAAUCUGAUGAAAGCACAAGGUUUAGUCCAAGAGGCAUACAAUUGUUAUGUUGAAGCACUGCGUAUACAGCCUGCAUUUGCCAUAGCAUGGUCCAAUCUUGCUGGCCUUUUUAUGGAGGCGGGCGAUCUUAACAGGGCUUUGCAGUACUACAAGGAAGCGGUCAAGCUAAAACCAAACUUCUCAGAUGCAUAUCUGAAUCUAGGAAAUGUAUACAAGGCUUUGGGAAUGUCCCAGGAGGCCAUAGUGUGUUAUCAGCGUGCGCUCCAAGUACGGCCAGACUAUGCCAUGGCUUUUGGCAACUUAGCUAGUGUGUACUAUGAACAAGGAAAUAUGGAAAUGGCAAUACUUAACUACAGGAGAGCCAUUACAUGUGAUACUGGAUUCUUAGAGGCAUAUAACAAUCUGGGUAAUGCUCUGAAAGAUGCUAGUAGAGUGGAGGAAGCAAUUCAUUGCUAUCGUCAAUGCCUCACUCUUCAACCUAACCAUCCACAAGCACUUACCAAUUUGGGAAACAUCUAUAUGGAGUGGAACAUGAUGAGUGCCGCUGCGCAAUGUUAUAAAGCAACUUUAGCUGUGACAACAGGGCUUUCAGCUCCUUUUAACAAUCUAGCCAUAAUAUACAAGCAACAGGGUAAUUAUGCAGAAGCCAUAUCUUGUUAUAAUGAGGUACUGCGGAUUGACCCCAUGGCAGCAGAUGGACUGGUCAAUAGGGGUAACACAUACAAAGAGAUUGGUAGGGUUAAUGAAGCUGUACAAGACUACAUGCGAGCUAUUGCCUUUAGACCUACCAUGGCAGAGGCUCAUGCAAAUUUGGCUUCAGCUUACAAGGACAGUGCCAAUGUUGAAGCAGCUAUAAAAAGCUAUAGACAAGCUUUGAUGCUACGUCCUGACUUCCCUGAAGCAACUUGUAAUCUUCUCCACACGUUACAGUGUGUGUGUGAUUGGGAUAACCGCGAGAAGAUGUUUAUUGAAGUUGAGGAGAUACUUAGAAGACAGAUUAAGACGUCCAUUAUCCCAAGCGUUCAGCCUUUCCAUGCAAUUGCUUACCCUCUUGAUCCAAUGCUUGCUCUAGAUAUCAGUCGCAAGUACGCCCAGCACUGCUCUGUGAUAGCAGCUCGGUACUCACUUCCUGCUUUCACUCAUCCACCACCGCUGCCAAUAAAGGGAGGUGUCAUGACUAGGCUGAGGGUUGGAUAUGUGAGCAGUGAUUUCGGCAACCACCCACUAUCACAUCUAAUGGGUUCAGUUUUUGGGAUGCAUGACAAAGAGAAUGUUGAGGUGUUCUGCUAUGCCUUAAGUCCAAAUGAUGGUACAGAGUGGAGGAUUCGCACCCAGACAGAAGCUGAGCAUUUUAUUGAUGUAUCGUCCUUGACAUCUGAUGUGAUAGCAAGGAUGAUUAAUGAGGAUCAAAUACAGAUACUUAUCAAUCUCAAUGGUUAUACCAAGGGAGCAAGAAAUGAGAUAUUUGCCAUGCAGCCAGCUCCAAUCCAGGUUUCGUACAUGGGGUUCCCUGGGACCAUGGGGGCAACGUACAUAGAUUAUUUGGUUACAGAUGAGUUUGUUUCACCAAUGAAGUACGCGCAUAUAUACUCAGAGAAGCUUGUACAUCUCCCUCAUUGCUAUUUUGUCAACGAUUAUAAGCAAAAAAAUUGUGAUGUGCUAGAUCCAAGCGUCCAACCGAAGCGCUCAGAUUAUGGACUGCCCGAGGAUAAAUUUAUAUUUGCAUGUUUUAAUCAGCUUUACAAGAUGGAUCCUGAGAUUUUUAUUACAUGGUGCAAUAUCCUUAAGCGUGUACCAAAUAGUGCUCUUUGGCUUCUCAGAUUUCCAGCUGCAGGGGAGAUGAGGCUCCGCGCACAUGCUGCUGCACAAGGCCUGCAACCAGACCAAAUUAUUUUCACAGAUGUUGCAAUGAAACAAGAGCACAUCAGGCGCAGCUGCUUGGCUGAUCUUUUCCUGGACACACCACUGUGCAAUGCACAUACUACAGGAACAGAUGUUCUUUGGGCUGGUCUUCCAAUGAUAACCCUUCCCCUUGAGAAAAUGGCUACUAGAGUUGCUGGUUCCCUUUGUUUGGCCACAGGACUUGGAGAUGAGAUGAUUGUCAGCAGUAUGAAAGAAUAUGAGGAGAAGGCGGUGUCAUUAGCACUAAAUCGUCCAAAGCUUCAAGAUCUCACCAAUAGGCUCAAGGCUGUGCGCAUGAGCUGCCCUUUAUUUGAUACAACACGUUGGGUGAGGAAUCUGGAGCGUUCUUACUUUAAGAUGUGGAAUCUCUAUUGCUCCGGACGGCAUCCUCAGCCGUUCAAAGUGACUGAGAAUGACUCAGAAUUUCCUUUUGACCGCUAGGUGUAGGGAAGGAAGAGAACAGGGAUUGUAGAUAAAACCGAGAAGGAACAUAAAUUGCUAUAUAUAUAGUAUAGAUUAAUGUAUUUAGGUGUUUAUUGAAAUGUGAUUUAAGCCACAAGUCUUUAAAAGUAUAUCCAUUCGUGGUCACUGGAAACUCUCAAUGAAAGUAAGUUUGUUGCUCAAGUGCUAGUGAAUGCCAAGACUCAGGACUCGCCCAUUGUCCAUUUUGGUUUGAAUGUGGAGAUGCACAAGAGAGACCGGAGGGAGAACAGUGAUGGGUAUGUUGUAAAGUUCAAAUUGGGUGGUCAAGGAGAUGUCAAGAUAGGUGAAUGAUUGUUCUUUAUUUUGUAUGCCUUCAAUUGAUCAACCUGUCUUUUGACAUUUUCAGCUGAUUUUAUGCAGGCUUACAGUACCCCUAGUAAAUCAACACAUUGUGUUUGAUCCCUUAA